AUGUCCAUCACCAACGGCCAGCCCGCCUGGCAACCUCCCUAUUUACACCAUACCAACAGCAAUAGGAGCAUAUCGCAUCUCGAUGAUGUCCCCGCGCGAACUCAGACUCCUAUUGAUAAUCCAAGUGUGCUGAUGCCUGAGGCACCACUUGACAUCGAGGAAGAGAACCGACGCGCCCUAUUUGCGGAUUUAUAUCGCAAGACCGAGGACAAGGUCGCGUUGCUCUUCUCCGAAGAUGGUUCUUAUAAUUAUCCCGCGAUAUCUGCUCUACGACGUUCUCCGCCCCCCUCCGCAAACAUUAUCCCUCCCACAACCGACCACGAGCCAAUCAAGGAACCCCCCUUAAAGAAAGCGAAGCGCACCAUCGAUGAGGACGACUACGACGAUGAUGAUGACGACGAAGAAGACGACGAGCCUUCGCAAUCAGCAUCAAAGCCUCAUUCUGCUGGAGCCCCUGCCAAUACGUUACUGUCGCCCUCCAAAUCAGGGAGCUCACCUGUUCGUUCGGUGACAUCACCUAGCAAGCAUGGUGACAAGGAUCAAGAUGGCUCACAGUCGAAAGAUAAAGAUGGUGAGGAUGCCAUCAAGAAACUUGAGGAAGCUCGUACAGCUACCGAAGCUGCCGCUCGGAGGAGUUUCCACACCAUCUUUCACACCUUGGAGAAUGACCAUGCCGCUAUGCUGGAACAACAACAACUUGAAGAUUCCGAGAAGCAGCUCCAGGCCGAGAUGGAUCACAACCAUCAUCCAAUUAAUAACCAUAGUGCUGUUCCCAACCAAGGCUCACUCAGUAGCGCCAAUCUCGGCGCUUCUAGCCUAACAUUGAAACAUCUCAUCGCUCGUAUCGACAUGAAGCGAGAUCAGGUUCGCGCCUCUGAUGCCGAACUUCGGCUCUUGAUGAACGAGGUCCGUAAGAAUAGGAGUAAAUGGGCCAGCGAGGAGAAUGUGAACCAGGAGGAAUUGUACGAGGCUUUAGAAAAAGUCUUGACAGAACUGAAGGCGCAUACGGAAUAUUCCACUCCUUUUCUGACAAGAGUCAACAAGAGGGAUGCUCCAGACUACUACAAUUUCAUCAAGAACCCCAUGGAUCUCGGCACAAUGACCAAGAAGUUGAAAAGUCUGACUUACAAGUCCAAGGCUGAUUUUGUUGUGGAUCUUAAUUUAAUCUGGGACAAUUGCCUUAGGUACAACCAAGAUAUGAAUCACCCUCUACGACGCAUGGCCAAUGGGAUGAGAAAGGAAGCAGAGAAACUUAUCCCAUUGAUACCAGAUCUUGUCAUCCGCUCUCGAGCAGAGGUUGAGGCAGAAGAGCGGCGAAAACAGAAUGGCGGAGACGACGAUGCGGGAGAGGAUUCCGAUGACGAGCCCAUAAUGUCUUCACGAGGUCGCAAAGCUGGCGCAAAGGGGACAAGCAAGGCACGAAAGGCUCCAAACGAUCAGAAAGAGGACACACCAGCGAUAGAUCAGAAGCCCAUUCUUCAGGUCAAUGGGCUGCUGGGAAAAGUCCGAGAAGGCUCAGAGGUUGACGGCAGUAAUGGCUUUGCCACUCCACCGAUUGCUGGCUCGCUCACACCAAGCGGGCUCAACGGUCAUUCCGGAAUGGGGAGCAACGCUGAUGCCAUGGACAUUGAUGGGCCAAGUAUCAAUGGCCUGGCACUGAACUCAGCGUUUGGUGAAGCUGCCGAGCAGGCCUUUGAGGAUGAAGAGUACAAAGUAUGGAAGCAAACCACUAAGAAAGAUCGAGCUCUGGUUGCCAAGGAGCGAUUCCAGCUUUUCAAGGACAACAAGUUCAACACCGAAGCCCCUGCACUCGUUCGCUCCAAGGCUGGUAUGCGUCGAUUCCUUAAGCGACAAAGGGAGGCAGAGGCAGAGGGUAUCAUUACUCAUUCUCAAGCAAACUCUACAGCUGUGGCUUCGGAAGAUCCGGCAACAAAGCCAACCGAGACCCUGGCCGAGGAAAUUGAGGAAGAUGAGGCCAAGGUGAUACCGGACUACUAUGAUACCUUGAGCAACAUACCGGAUAUUCACCCAAAACUUCAAUGGGUCGAAGAUGGAGAAGGAAAAGUUAUCAACCAGCACGAGGAAUUCCUACGCCUGGUGCCGCCUGGGUCAUUUACAGCACCAACAAGUCGUCUGACGAAGAAGAUGGAUGAGAAUAUUCAUCAGAUUCAAGAGACAAGGAAACUUGCAACCAGGAUCUCGGUUAUCAAGCAGAUGCAAGUUCAAACCCAGGUGUAUACAAACCAAUUUCCCAAGUCAAACUCGGAUCCCUUCGUGGAACAGGAUAUUGAACCUCAUUUCAUCAGCGAUGACGGUCCUGUAAUGGCCCCCGAAACAUGCCAAAACGCCCUCAAGCGCUCGAUUGCCAAAGUCCUCUACCAUACUGGAUUUGAGGAACUUCAGCCAUCAGCCAUGGACACCUUCACCAGCGUUGCAUCAGAUUACUUUCAGAAGCUGUGUCGCACUUUUAAUGUUUACAACGAGUCAGAAAAGAAGCCAUCUCCGGUGCAUGCUCAAGGGUCCAAAUUUCAGCCCAGGUUCACUCCCGAGGAAGUCAUCCUCCACACUCUGGACGAGAAUGGUCAUGACAUUGGUUCGUUGGAAUUGUAUGCGAAGGACGAGCUCGAUCGUUUGAGCACUAAGUUGGACGCUCUACAUGAGCGGAUGAAGCUUCAUCUCACUGACCUACUCCGACCUGCUCUAUCUCAAGAUGCCGGAACUGAUGGGGUUGGUGCUUUCAAAGAUGGCAGUGAGCAGUUCGUUAGUGGUGACUUUGCCGAGGACCUCGGUGAAGAUUUCUUUGGUUUCCGAGCCUUGGGUCUGGAUAAGGAGAUGGGACUCGACAUGAUCUCCGUGCCCUUGCAUCUUUUGCAGACUAGAGUUCGCAACCAAUACCAGAUGCAGACACAGACGACUGGCGAAGCAGCCACUGAUCUCUUUGAACCACUGCCUUCUUCAGAGCCAGUCACUAAGGAGAACAUUCAGGACCAAAUUGGCCUGGUCAAGAACUUCUUCCUGGCUAAGCUGCACGCUAAUGGCGAUCAGCCCCUUGUGGAGGACGAAGACCUGCCUACCAAGCAAAAGAAACCUCGUCCACGGUUGGGCGCGAGUGGAAAGAUUGUAACCGCUCAGAAACGAUCUCCUAAGGAGCAAUUGGCACUCGCUAAGAAGAAGAAGAAGAUGGAAGCUGCCGCUGCCGAGGCUAAAGCUAAUGCAAACGCAUCACCCGAAAAGGGCGCGCCAGGUACUGCCCCUGGCAAGAAGAAGUCCAUGAGUGCAGCAACUGGCCCGGCCCCCAACCCUGCAGUUCUUGCUUUGGCUCCAAGCAUGGAGAGGCAGGAUAGCAUGCAUAGUCAGGGCAACGCCAGCCAAACAGACAAGGACGACACUGUCGGCAUGAUGAGCCCAGAAAGCAUUGCUCCGUAG